AUGGCGUCCGGCUGCAAAAUCGGCCCGUCCAUCCUCAACAGCGACUUGGCCUGCUUGGGGGCCGAGUGUUCUCGGAUGCUGGAUUCCGGGGCCGAUUAUCUGCAUCUGGAUGUAAUGGACGGGCAUUUUGUUCCCAAUAUCACCUUUGGUCACCCUGUGGUAGAAAGCCUUCGAAAGCAGCUAGGCCAAGACCCUUUCUUUGACAUGCACAUGAUGGUUUCCAGACCUGAACAGUGGGUAAAGCCAAUGGCUGUCACAGGAGCAAAUCAAUAUACCUUUCAUCUGGAAGCUACUAAGAACCCUGGAGCACUGAUUAAAGACAUUCGAGAGGAUGGGAUGAAAGUUGGUCUUGCUAUUAAACCUGGCACUACAGUUGAGUAUUUGGCACCGUGGGCCAAUCAGAUAGAUAUGGCCUUAGUCAUGACAGUGGAACCUGGGUUUGGAGGGCAAAAGUUCAUGGAAGAUAUGAUGCCAAAGGUUCAUUGGUUGAGGACCCAGUUCCCUUCUCUGGAUAUUGAGGUAGAUGGUGGAGUAGGUCCUGACACAAUUCACAAAUGUGCAGAGGCAGGGGCUAAUAUGAUUGUGUCUGGUAGUGCCAUCAUGAGGAGUGAAGACCCCAGAUCUGUCAUUAAUCUCUUGAGGAAUGUUUGUUCAGAAGCAGCUCAGAAACGCUCUCUGGAUAGAUGAAGUUUCCAGGCAGCUUUACUCCUCAUGCCC